GGCUACGAAUCCUACUGUUUCACAAAUCUUACCUCAUUGGCUUGGCGCAAAUGCCACAGAUAUCAGCUUGUUGGUUUCUGGCCAAGACUUGUCGCCCGAGCAUCCUUGCUCGCUCCGAGGUAGCACAGUCUGCGCAUGAGUAGGCGUACAUAAAUGCGCAAUCUGGUCAUCUUACUCAUCGAUACGCAUCCUGCUUCCAUUCUCACGAUGUACACUGAACACGACCACUUCGAUCGGCCAGCCUCCACAGUUUCACAUCAUUCUGCUGAAGCUGAACUCAACUUUAUUACACAUCUGGACUCACGGCCUUUGUCCACAAGUAGUAAUCGAAGCGGCCGCACUACUCGCAACACGUUGCCGGUAACUUCACAAACGACUGAUGUUGAUGGUUAUCAAUCCUUGACACUGACUACGGAAGACUCCGAGCCGUGUGGAGAUUCCGAACAUCAGAAGCUGACCGAGCACAUCGAUCGCACAUCAGGCGUACGUGGCCGGGCACAAUUUUCUCUGAGGACGUUCCGCUAUCUGGUGCAUACAUGGCAAUGGGAGCUAUAUGUCUGGUCACUCGGUACAGCCGGCAUCAUAGCAAUCGUCGCUCUCCUUAUAUGCUUCAAUGGAGUUCAGCAGAGAUAUUGGAACUCAAAGAUCCAAAUUAAUGCAUUCAUAGCUGCACUCUCCCAGCUGUCGCAGUCUGCGCUCAUCGUACCUGUUUCCUCCUCUAUUGGACAAUCAAAAUGGACGUGGUUGCGAAAAGAUCGCAAGGCUAUCGACAUUGAUAGGUUCGACGCGGCCAGCCGUGGUCCAGACGGUGCCUUCAGGCUCCUCUGGCAUCUGAGACUACGUCCGCAUCUGGUAUCUUUUGGAGCACUACUUGUAAUAUUGAUGCUAGCAUUUUCAUCAUUUGCGCAGCAGUCGGUAGCCAUCAAUACGCAGCGGAUCAAGGUACCCAAAGACAGCUCAACUCAUCUCAAACGUGCUGGACAAGCUAUAUAUCAUUCUUUGCGAGCGUUUGGUUCAGAGAAAGAGGCAUUUCGCGGUCCAUAUGACGCUGAUGAAAGUGUUGCCAUGGUACAGGCCCUCCUAUCGGAUCAUAUAGACGCAGACAACGUUACCGGCGAAUGUCUUACAGAUUUUUGUUCCUGGAAGCCUUAUACCACCAUGUCAAUAUGCGCAACGACGGAAGAUAUCUCUGAUACCCUACUUCCGAUGAUGGCUCAUCACAACGGGAGUAUCUUCCUUCCAAACCUGCUGGACCAGGGUCUCGCUGAGAUUUCUGCUGUCCUACCCAACACGUCCUUAUUUACACAUAUUGAAAGCUUGCUCUACUACCAGUUCCCAGAUUACGAAGGCGAUAUGAACAUGGUACCCUUCUCUAACCUUUCAAUAUUAUUUUAUGAUCCUUGCAAGGCUGCAAACAGUGGCAUGGAAGGUUUCGCCAGACUUCACCACCUUGAAAACUGGACUGCGAUCAGAGCUGCGUUUCGUCCUUGUGCUCAAGUAUUCACAUCCACUUACGAAAAGUACUGGCGUACAGAAAUCGAAACCCCCAAUAGCGAGUUGCAUUGGUACGCUUACUUUGAGCACGGCUCGUUUGAACGAUCGAGCGAUACUAUCUACUGCACAACGCCUCAUUCGACUGGAGAAGAGACGUGUAUCAGACAUUCGCUACUUUCAUCCGUUGCGCGAUCAAUCCUCAUGACAUAUAACGUGUCUGCGACUAUUCGACAGGGUGAAUUGGGUUUCGAAGAUGCAAAGGAAGAAUUCGAAAGUCAAAGAACGUGGAAAAGUAUCAUACUAGACGACAUCCGAAAGGACAGUCACGACGGACCACCUGCGUGCAACGAAGAAGCUUUCACCACGUUCAAUAAUAGAAUACAAAGCAUAGCAGCUAGUGUAAGCAUGGAACUCAGAAACAACGAGAACGGCUCAGCUUCCAUUGUGAAUGGUACAGCCUGGAUCACAGAGCCUGUUAUCGAGGUAAACUUCCUUUGGCUCUUGAUGCCUAUUAUGCUAUAUGUUAGCAUCACUGCGUUCUUUUUUGCUACCAUCCUAAGGACCAUCGACGCGCCACCUUGGAAAUCGUCGAGCCUUGCGCUUCUACAAUGCGGAAACCCCGACAACAAAAUGGCCGGCACGAAACAAUUCAAGGCUUUUGCCAAGUCGACGAAAGUUCGUUUGGAUGACAACGGAGAGACAUGGCAUCUUGUGGACUCCCAGCAAGAUAGCGUCGGUAAACAAGAAAUCGCUCCACAAGAGUGAGUCUUGAGAUAUACGACAGACCAUCGAGCCGCCGCAUCCUACAUGUCCGCCCUACACAGCCGUCCCUGCUGGGUCGGUAGACCUCUCGUUCCCUCAACAACCCACUUUUCGCUACCCACACCUGUGACCGCAUAGAAUAAUCCCCAAGGAUCUCUUUCCUUCUUAAUGCUCAGUAACCUGUCGUAGUUGGCGCCGUACAAACUAUCCUGGAAGUUUGGCUCCGCAACAUCCGCCUCAUUCAUAUACGCGCCACUGAGUGGCGUCACAUCUCUCAACUUCUGUACAUACGAGUUGAGACGAGCAUGCGACGACUUCGCGAUCUCAUCUGAGAGAUCAGCCCCAUAUUGUCUGGUAUCCCAACCUGUCAUGUGCAUGACUGCGUUGCGCAAGUGCGGCGAUAUCGCGGAACUA